CCUGUGGUUCCCUCGGCAAUGGAUAAGCAGUCCUUCACAGACGCGGCAGGUGUGCUUUGGCGUUCCAUCCACUUGGGGGGGGGGUCGGGUUCUAAAAGAGGUCAGAAACCUCAUACUUUCUGUAUGAGGUUGCUCCUCUGACACUUGUUAGACCUUCACUUCACUGCUAAGUUUGUUUUACAUUUGAUAACAUGUUAUGAAGAGUGAUGAGUUAUCAAUAUGCUUUAGUGUGACUUCUCUAGAUGUCUGACUUGACAUCGGCCUUUGCUGGUAGUGUGCUAUAAUAAAAUGAAAUAUUUUUAGAGCUCUGUGAUGCAGUUUUGAUGGAAUAAAAUUCUUUUCUUUCAACAACAAGGAAGAAACUACUGUCAUUAACUGUAACAUCAAGAUGGAUGUGAAAGAGGAGAGCUGUGAGGCUGACAUAAAUACCGUGGAGGUAAUGACUGCAAAUAUCAAGAAAGAGGACUGUGAAGGGAGAUCCUCCCACCAUAACCAGGAGAGUCUCUGCCUUAAGGGUGAGAACUGUGAAGUGGAAACUGCAGGCAUUAAAUAAGAGGCAGAGGAGACGACUGUCAGCUUUGAGAUGAACCAACAUAAAAGUCUGAAGUGUGAUGACCCCGAGGUGAAGUCUGUAUCAUUGCAGGCUGACGUAAAGAGGACUGAGGAAAUAUCAUCUGUUACGAUGCAGGAUGAUCAGCCAUCCCCUACACAUCCGUCUGGAGAGAAAAGACAAAGGAAGCUGCCCUGUACUGUAACAUCUGCAUAGAUGUCAAAAAGGAGCCGUGUGAGGCUGACACAAAUAUUAUGGAGAUAAUAACUGUAAGUAUUAAGGAAGAGGACUGUGAGUGGGAGUGUGUCUUCCCUAAACAGGAGAACCUGGACAUUAAGGAUGAGUAUUUUGAACUGGGAUCAGUAGGAAUUAAAGAAGAGACUGAAGAGAAAUGGGUCAGAGGUGAAACGUGCAACCAUACCAUUGUGGAGAAUGUCAAGGCGGAUGGCCUUCUUUAUGGGUGUCAAGAUGGAGUGGUGACUGGCUUAGUCUCGUCUCAAAGCAGACCCUGUUCAUCAUCCCGAUCUUCUGUGAACCUGAAGUCUAAAUCAUUACAGUCAAGCAGAAAAAGGUGUAAAAAAAAUUCAACUUUUAGGACUCUGGAAGAUCAACCACUACCUACAAAGACAACUAGAAAAAGAGACGAUCCUCACAGCUGUUCUGAAUGUGGCAAACAGUUUUUUGACAGGAGCCAUUUUGAGAAUCACAAAAGAAUUCACACAGGAGAAAAGCCUUAUUCUUGUUCUGAUUGUGGCAAAUGUUUUUCACAAAGGAGCAUUCUCACAAGACACACAAAAAUCCACACGGGAGAGAAGCCUUAUUGCUGUUCUGAAUGUGGCAAGCGAUUUGUACAAAGGAAUAAACUUUAUAGCCACCAAACAAUUCACACGGGGGAGAAGCCAUAUUACUGUUCUGAAUGUGGCAAGCGGUUUGCGCAUAAGAGCAGUGUUCAGAUCCACAAAACAAUACACAGAGGAGAAAAGCUCUAUUGCUGUUCUGAAUGUGGCAAACGAUUUUCACACAAGAGCACACUUCAGAUCCACCAAAGAAUUCACACAGGAGAAAUGUUGUAUUCCUGUUCUGAAUGUGGAAAGCAGUUUUUGAAAAAAUGCAGACUUCAGAAACACAAAAUCAUUCACACAGGUGAAAAGCCUUAUUGUUGUUCUAUGUGUGGCAAACGUUUUUUUUACAAGAGUGGUCUUCAGAGCCACCAACGAAUUCACACAGGAGAAAAGCCUUAUACCUGUUCUGAAUGUGGCAAGCGGUUUUCACAAAGGAGCAAUCUUUUGACCCACCAAAAAAUUCAUACUUGAUAGAAGCAAUUUUGUUUUUUUGAAUGUGGCAAAAGGCUAUCAUAAAAGGAGGAAGCUUCAGGCAUAGAAGAAGUCAGCAGCCCCACCACUGUUGAAUAAAGAAAGACAACACAUGUUCCAAGAACAACUAGAAACAGUCUAGUGAUCAAAUGAAGGUAAAGAAGAGCACCUCUGCUUAAGUGAUCUUGAGUGUUCAGCUGAGAGGGGUAUCCUGGGAGGGCUUGUGCAGAAAUGCAGUGCAAAAAUGUAAUCUUCAUUUUCAAAUUAGGUAAGAUAACCAAUGCAAAUUUAGGAUACUUAAUUUGAACAAUUAAGGAAAGAAACAAACUAGAGAAGAAAAAUUAGAAUACCUCCAAUGCCCAGGAAAAGUAGAAAUGUUACAGGAAAGAAAGCCAGCAUUUAUACAAACAGGCAAAUUUGCAUCAAAAAGAGGUCAUUUAUAUGUCCGAGAAAACCCCAACUAUAAACCUAGACAACCAGAAAAACAUUAGCCAAAAGUGGAAUGUCCAACAACGUAACCAGUUCUCAAACCUGAAAUGCCAGUAAUAAAAUGGAAAGGAAGAGGGAAGAAACGAAACGCUGGAAAUCCAGUAGACUGAAAAUAACAGCAGAAGUUUAAUUUCAACAGAAUCCACCUAAAAAGUACAAGAGAAGAUCAAUGAGAAUUAGAAAAACUGAUAUUAGAAAUGCACAAAAGUCGCACAGAGUAAACCAACAUCUGAGAACACUUCAAGAGCAGGAAAGACAUCGUCAUUAGUGGACAAAGUCAUCCAGGAAAUUAAAGAGGAGCUUGUGGACUUAAGCAAUGGACAAAUACACAGAAAACAUUUCAGGUGAAAGAAGUGACCAGGAAUAGCAAUAAACCGUAAUGGACAAAAUACUACAAGUAAGGUGAAAAAGACCACAACUGACAGCCACCGAUCUACAGUAGAAUGGGGUCUGCUUAUGGUGCAAUAAAACUCCUCACCACUAAUGUAACAGCACAGAAGAAAAUCAAAGUAAGGAAAUGUCAACAAAAUGACACCCCACCCUGUAUUAAAUGAAUAUUAAAAUAUUCUGUGAGGUGUGGUGUCCUUCAUCAAAUAGUAUAUGAAAAGCCCUAAAAAUUGAACUGGUGAAGUUAGACAAUUGCAUAUUAAUACAUGAAGACCUACAACUCAAUAAUCUGACAGAAGGCAAAACGUUAAGAUAUAAACAAACUCAAAGAACGUAUGGAGCAAACUGUUGUAGGACAAUCAGAAUAAGUCCCAGAGAAUGUAAAGUAACGUCAUCGCCUGAACAAAAAAAGACAAACAUUUUUAGAAAAAAUAUAUCAGAAACACAAUAAAUAAGCAACUCGGAAAAGCAAACUUCAAACAGAAACCGGAAAAACAAAGCUGAAAGGAAUGGAAUGGCUUGAGGUAACAGCCGAAAGAACAAACUCGGAACUUAACUGCUGUUAACUGGAAAACACCUGGUGGUCCAUAUGCUGUACCCCACUUCUGGUUAGAGCAACAAACAUCUGUGUACUGAGAAAUGGCUAAGAAAAUUCUGAACCGCCCAGUCUUCACAUGACCUGCCUUACCACUGUGUAUAAACUAUUCUUCUUAAUAGGAGAGACCAGCAAAAUGGAAAAGAUGACCCAAGAAAGAUGGUUCUUUUAAAAAGCAAGUUUUAGAUGGGGAUGUUAUCAUGUAAUAUUUUCAUUUCUAAAGUAUUAAGUGGGCUAAUAUUACAAGUAGCAGAGUAAUCGGUGACUUUUUUUUUAAAAUGCAUGUUAAAGAAUCAACAAGAAGGGAACCCUUUCCAGAUUUAGGCCUGGAUUGAGGGGUUAGAGGUGAGCGAACCAUUGAGUCGCUGUGACCAGAUGUAACACAUUUGAAUGUUUGGGCAGAGCUCUGAUACGAACACCCAAACUUAAGAUUUUGAUCAGAUGCCGCUAGGCUUAAAUGAGAUGACUUGAGAGAGCCUUGUAAAUGUGGGUACAGUUGAGAUUCAGGAGAAGCAUAUCCCAAAAUUUAGAAGAAGUCACAAGUGAUGAAUAACAGGAAAUUACAACUGUAUAAGACAUCUGAGAGUAAUAUCUCCAUUGAUUAACUGUAGUGCUUAUGAGAACAAUCAUUGAAAAGGAUGUCAGGAAAGCUAAAGGGCAAGUGAGAAAUAUUGAAAUAAAGAAAGAUGACUUAAAGAGAUUACUUCAGUUUUUUUAAUUUGCACAUAUGAAGAAGGUGAUAAACAACAACAAUAAUAACAGAGACUAAUAAAGGGGGUACAAAGAGAUUUAAGAAUUGUAGUCUCCUCGGAACAGAUAAUAUCUCUUCUGGAGGUCUCAAAGCAGUUGCUGGGUGCAUAACACAACAUUAAUGAUGAAUUAAUUAACAGAAGAAAUUAUGACGGAGAAGAUCAAGCAGCAUAUGAUGGAGAGAACAGGUAUGUUAUUAAACAGUCAAAAAGAGUUUAGACAGUGAAGGUUGUGUUUCACUAAAAUGCUGAGGUUCUAUGAGGAAACGACAAAAGAAGAGGUACUGUACACGUGAUAUUUAACUUUAUUCUCAGAAGGCUUUUGAUAAAGUACUACAUGGAGGCUAGCAAUAAUAAUAAUAAAAUACAGGAAUUCAGGAAAAUGUCUGUUGGUGGAUUAAAAAUUGACUUGCAUAUCAGAAACAAAGGGUUAUGGUGAAGGGGAUGUUUAGGAAUUAGGUGAUGUUAAGUGGUGUGCUUUAAGGAUCGGUUUGGCGGCUGCUGCAAGAUGAAGGGUGAAGGUUGGAUGCAAGUCCGCCUUUGCCUGCCGAAAAACUGGAAAAGGCCCAGAGGGACUAGAACCUGGCAGUAGAUCCUUCUUCUUUUUUUUUUUUUCUUUUCUGGAAUUCUCCAGGAAGAGCUGGAAUAUCAAGCUGGUGAAAAGGAAAUUUGGGCUAUCCUGCUUAGCCUGAUGCCACCAUAACCCUCAUCAGGAAAAGGAGUUUUAGAAAACCAGGUGAGAUUCUUUUUUUUCUGCAUUCCUUGAUUGGUCCUUUAGUCUGAACACAGUAAUCUAUUACAAUGCCUGGGGUUGGAUUUUCCAUUGUGCUGCACAGGGCUACAUAUUCUAAAAUGGGCAUUUCAUAUUUUUCUCUUUUGUGUAGAAGAUACAGUUGAACACUUUUAGGUAAUCUUGGUUGUCGCUGGGAAGCUGGGGCCUAUUCCAGCAUAAGCAAGAUUAGAAAAUAUGGAUAGCCAUUGCCUUGACAUUCCCAUUCUCUUCUGUUGUAAUCUAUCCGACUGAAUGGUGGUGUGCUUGUCCGGUAUGCAAAUCCAUACCGUUGAAGUAGUCUCCACCAGAUUUGUACAGAGGAACACUACAGGCUAGUUUUCAAUUCCAAAAUUGACUUGGUGCCUCCUGCUAGUGUUAAAUAAAGAUGAAGUUACUCGUCGGCCGUUUAGAGGUUCUGUGUGUGGCGUGUGACCGGGUGACACACACAGUCGUGUGGAUGGCCUGUCCUUUGAGGUGGCUGUUGGUGCACAUCUUCAACCUGCUGCCUACCCUGAGAUUAUAUCAAAAAAAUGUUCAUGUUUUUGACACAAACUUUUAUGCAGAGAUGUAUAGGUAGUUCAUAGUGACUUUGUGCUACCUUUUGUGCCUUAUUAUAUUCUUAUGACAAAUUAACCUAUUUAUCUUUGUGUUACAAAUAUCUACAUUUGUUUUAUAUGUAUUAUGCUACAACAGUUAUUCUGAUUGAACUUAUCUGGAUGAUACAAAAUAUUAAAGGCGAGAAAGAAUAAAUAUUUGAUUAGUUUUACCUCAGUCUUUGAGUAUAUAAUUGUCCCA